CCAACAAGUUUAGGUUUAUUCAAAAAAACAGUAGAUUGGGUUUUUUCUUCCUCACCAGGGAUUUCAGGUGUUUUCAUUCAUUUCACUGCCGAAGUUUAGUCUAUGGGUUUUCCGAAUAUACAUUGAGUGUGUACCUGCAAAUUUUAAAGAGGGGGUAUUCUCAAGUAUCAAAUUCCCAGAUUCGUUUUUCGGUGGUUUUGAAUAACUACUUUCUUCAAGUGGAGUAAAGCUAUAGUUUUUCAUUUUCAGAUAUUUAGAGAGGAAGUGAAUCUGGUAAAUACAAUGGGCGAGACUGCUACAAAAAUUGGUGUCUCCAGCCUCAUGUCAUAUUGUGAUGAUCUUGUUAAAGUUCUUCAGAACAAAAAGGAUAUUAAUAAUUUGAUGCAAUGUACUGACAGUGUCAAAUUGCUUCGAUCAUCUUGUGACGGGGAUUUUUCCGAGGUUCAGAAUUCUUUAGAAGUCUAUCAGAAGAAGAUAGAUGAAUGCCAGCAAAGGAUAAAUGAUGCGAAAAGUGAAGUUGUUAGUGAUGCCGAGUUGGAUUCUCUCCAAAAAGAAUACAAGGAGGAACUUAAUAGAGAAAGUUCACUUCACGAGAAGCUUAGAGUUGUCAGUGACAAGAUCAAUGAUCUGGAGCAACAGAGGGUUUCAAUUGUAGAACGAGAGCAGAACUUGAAGAAAGCUGAUAAGGAUGAAUUUAGAGAACAGAGGAAGCUGUCAAUGUAUGCAUCUGUGACUAACAUCAUUCCUAAUAUGGAUAUUGGAACAAAAAUUUCUGGCCAUAUCGUGGAAAGAGAAAAAAGGACUGUGGAAAUGUUUGAAUUCGAAACAACAGAUUCAUCAUCGUCGAUAGAGAUAUGUAACAGCCUCUGGAAAAUGAUAAACUCUUGAGAGCUUUACUAGUUAUAUAUAAUGGGGGUGGUGGAUACUAUAAUUAUUUGUUUGCUUGUUUAUGUUUAAGGCUGAAUGUAAAAUCUGUUCAUUAAUAGCUGGGCACAAGACAAUCCUGUCAUCUGCUUCAAAUCAGCAUCAACAGCUAAGAUGCAUCGAACACCCCCUACUGAAACCAAUUUAUUUUGCAGCUUCACUUGGAGAUGUGGGUGUUUGUCGUACGGCGGAAGCAUCAUCCUAACCUUUCCUCUUUUUCUUUUCUUUUUCUGAUCUGAUGACAUUUGACUCGGUUGAAUGUUCCUAAGUAAUGAGAAAUUAGAAAUGUUGAAAAUUAGAUGUAUGAAUUCCACUGUCUAAAGUGACGUGCUAAAAGUAUGUUGGUGCAUGCCUUGCUAAACUAUUUUCUUUAGCGGCUUUGUUUGGCAGCUGCUAUUUUGUAGUGGAUAUGUAAACCUCUGGAAUUUGUGUGGCAAUUUAAAGUAUCGCUUCUUGCAGGGGCCAGCUUAAUGGUUUCAAA